CAGCCACGCCAAACCAUCGCUCCACCUAGUAGACUGUUGACUGGCACAGCACGCUUUCUGUCUCUCGCAGUCAGCUUCAGUUCCCCGCUUACUUCGCAUUGAGAAGGUGUGUCGAACAGACGUUGAAAGAAAGUAAGGUAAUAUCAAGUGUGUGAGAGAGAGAGAUCGACUUGUGUUGGUCGAAUUCGUUCUCCCAUCAUGGAGAUGCUUGGAGUGCCAUUUGCGCUGGUUUGGGUGGUUCUGGGGCUGUCCUGCAUUCUCGCUGGAAAAGUGAACAAGCACAAGCCGUGGAUCGAGACGUCGUACCAUGGGGUGAUCACAGAGAACAUGGACACCGUUCUGCUGGACCCUCCCUUGGUGGCCCUGGAUAAGGAUGCCCCUGUCCCCUACGCAGGGGAGAUCUGUGCAUUUAAGAUCCACGGGCAGGAGGCCCCGUUCGAGGCGGUGGUCCUGAACAGGACAUCAGGGGAGGGGGUCCUGAGGGCCAAGGGCCCAGUGGACUGUGAGACCCAGAAGGAGUACACCUUCAUCAUCCAGGCUUACGACUGUGGGGCGGAGGCCAGUGGAGCCAGCUGGAAGAAGUCACAUAAGGCAGUGGUUCACAUCCAGGUGGAUGACGUAAAUGAGUUCUCUCCUGUGUUCCGGGAGCCUAUGUACCACGCAUCAGCAAUGGAAGGGAAGAUCUAUGACAGCAUCCUGCAGGUAGAGGCCUGGGACCAGGACUGUUCCCCGCAGUACAGCCAGAUCUGCAACUAUGACAUCGUCACCUCCAACACGCCCUUUGCCAUCGACCGCAACGGCAACAUCAGAAACACGGAGCGUCUGAGCUACGACAAGAAGCAGCGCUACAAGGUCAUGGUGACCGCCUUCGACUGCGGCCAGAAGAGGGCGACGGAGAGUGUGGCGGUGCACAUCGACGUCAAGCCUGUCUGCAAACCUGGCUGGCAAGGCUGGAACAAGCAAGUGGACUACGAGCCCGGGACAGGAAGUAAGCAGCUGUUUCCCAAGAUGCACCUGGAGACAUGUGACGGCCCGCUGUCGGCGGUGAGAGCCAUGGUGGAGCUGCAGACCAGCCACAUUGGGAAGGGCUGCGACCGAGAGACCUACUCCGAGAAGUCCAUGCAGAAACUCUGUGGUGCGGCGUCCGGCAGCACAGACCUCCUCCCCGCUCCCAGCAUCUCCACCAAUUGGACGGCUUCACUGCUGACGGACAGCGGGCGGGACAGUGACCUCAUCUUCAACUUCGACGGGCGUCAGGCGGCCAACGUGCCAGAGCAGGUGGUUCCACAGAACUUGACUGACCAGUUCACCAUCGCCACGUGGAUGAAACACGGGCCCAGCCCCGGUCUGAGGGCCGAGAAAGAGACCCUGCUCUGCAACUCCGACAAGACCGAGAUGAACAGGCACCACUACUCCCUGUACGUCCACAACUGCCGUCUGGUCUUCCUACUCAGGAGAGACUUCACCCAGGUUGACACCUUCCGCCCUGCAGAGUUCCACUGGAAACUGGAGCAGAUCUGUGAUAAGGAGUGGCACUACUACGUGAUCAACGUGGAGUUUCCUGCCGUGACGCUCUUUGUGGAUGGCGUGACCUACGAACCCUACCUGGUGACAGACGAUUGGCCCAUCCAUCCCUCGUCAAUCGACACCCAGCUGACAGUGGGUGCCUGCUGGCAAGGUGGUGAGGUGUCCACCCCACGGUUCACCCAGUUCUUCCGGGGCAGUCUGUCUGGGCUGACCAUCCGGCCAGGGAGGAUCGAGACCCAGAAAGUAAUCUCCUGUCUACAGGCCUGUAAGGAAGGACUGGAUAUCCACUCACUGGAGAGCCUGGGCAAGGACAUCAAGUUCCACUUCAACCCAGCCCAGUCGGUGCUGGUGAUGGAGGGAGAGGACCUGGAGAGUGUCAACACAGCCAUGGCCAAGGUCUCCUACAUCAACUCACGCCAGUUCCCCACAGCAGGCCUCAGACAGCUACACAUCACCACCACCGUACAGUGUUUCGGGGAGGACAUAUGCAUCUCCAUCCCAGACAUUAAGGCUUUAGUAAUGGUCCUGCCACCCAGCGAGCCACGGAUCACCAUCGCUGGUUCAGAUCAACUCGUCAGGCCUGCCGCCGACCUGCGUGGAGCCAUGGGCGUGGCACCCUUCAAGGAGCUGCGCAUCACCAGCACUGUAACCAAGGGUGACGGUGUGCCAUUCAGCGCAGUCUACAGGCCUGGUGUUCUGGAGGCGAUGCACAACCUGGAUUACUGUGAUGUCCUGGUGAUCGGAGAGGAGCUCAACCCGGAGCAAGAGAGUCUGGAGAUUCACCACAGCUCUCUAAUGGGGAAACACCUGGACGCCACGAACUCCACCUCAGGAAUAUCCAUAUAUGGUGUGGACUCCAUGGCCCAUUAUGAGGAGGCCCUCAGGCAGGUGCGCUACAGGAACUGGCGCCCGGCGACCCUGAGUAACAGGAGGUUCAGGCUCACCUGCUCUGAGCUCAAUGGACGCUACACCAGUAAUGAGUUUAACUUGGAGGUUAGCCUCGUUCACAACGCAGCACCCGUAGAGCAUGUCAAUCACAUGGCUGUCCAAUCCCAGUACAUGCGGUCAGUGCAUCAUCCACUGAUGGUGCACUCUGUCAAUUCCCACAUCUCAGGCACCCCUCCAGCUGCCACAGUCGUGGUAGUGAUCUGUAUCGCCGCCCUGGUGUGUAUAGUGGUGCUAGGCAUCUACAGGCUCCACAGUACCCACCAGGACAGCUCCAAGAGUGAGGAGGAUGAAGCCAAGGACCCAGAGAUGGACUGGGACGACUCCACCCUCACCAUCACAGUCAACCCUAUGGAGAACGUCAGAGAGCCUCAGACGGUGGAGGAGGAGGUAAAUGAGGAAGAGGAAGAUGAACAGGCAGGCGACAUCACGAGUGCAGAGUCUGAUGACAGUGAUGAAACAGAGGAAGAGGAGGACGACGAGAAGGAAGUGAAGGAGAGCAAGCUGAAGAGCAAGCUGGAAUGGGAUAGCUCUUCGAUAACAUAUUAAUCUUUCACGCAUGCGGACAUGCACAUACACACACACACACUUACAUAUACAGAAUUUGCUGAGUCAGUCAAUCAGUUGUGAAAACAGCUACCCAUCAAGUUUGCCACUGUCCAAUGUUUUAUGUCCAAUGUCGCUCUCUUCUGGUCAAAAUAAGGCAUUACACACAAAAGGUUUCAUUGUUUUCUGACUAACCAGUGGAGCUUAUUUUCUCAUAUUUUGGUGUAACUACUUGUUCCUAUUUAAAACCAUCAUUGACAACACAAUAGGUAGGGCCAAUUGAAAAUUCAGUUGCAUAAGCACAUUUCCACCUUAUAUCCAAUGGCUCGUUCAUCUGUGUUUCAUUAUUUCUGGGUUUGGACACGAAACAUUGGACAGCACAUUUUCCUCUUAUCUUCCUCAAUUGCUGUUGAGUUACUAAUACAAAAAGAUCGUUGAAUGCAUUCAUUGUAAAUACCUUCUUUUGCAUUAAUACAAAAUUAUGCAUUUCUUUGGAUUUUGAGAUUGUAUUUCAUUCAUUUGAAAUCUUGGAAAUAUAUUUGAGGUCUUCUGAAAAACGGACUUACAAAUUAUCAUUAGCAUAUUUAAUUUAUUUAAGGUAUUUUAAGAGCCAAUGUAUUUACAAAACUAAUUUUGAACAUUUUUGAUAGUCUCAUUUUUCUUUGUCUGCCUGGUUCAUGUUCUUGGACAUAUGAAACCAAGAGAAGUUCCUGUAUGUUUUUAUAAAUCCCUCGUGAAUAUAGCAAGUAGUGUAGCUGAACUAUCAUUCACCUUGGGCCUGGUUCAAUCCGUGGCGUUGAAGACCUGCGCUUCAACACGCAACAUAUGUAAAGGCAAUGUUCGCAGAGUUUGCAUUCAACGCUGCAUAGGAUGGCUCAAUUACCUUUACCAAUCGCACUAUAGCGCAGAUCUUCAGCGCUACGGAUUGAAUCGAGCCCCUUGUCUCCCACCUACCUCUCCUCAAACUGUAUGUUUAAACUUGCUUGCAUCAGAGGCAGGGCAUUUUGAGUAGUUGAGUUUCUCCUAACCACAGAUCUAGGAUCAGCUUACCCUCCUUCACCUAACUUUAACCGUUAGAAAGGAAAAUGCAAAACUGACCUUAGAUCAGCACUCAUGGUCAUGCCUCUAUCUGUAUUUGCCGUUGACUUGUGUCCAUCUACUUCUUAGGCUGAGAUGAGGGCCUGAGAAUAGACACUUAACAGGAUAGUUAACCCCAUAAUAAAGUUUGUCCGUUGUUUUUAUACAUCAAAAGUGGUAUAAAGUCCAUAAGUUGUGUAAAUGUUUCAUGCCAUGUGUUGUUUAAAACAAGGAGUAUGGGUCUGACAGAUCAUUUUGGGGUGAACUAUCCCUUUAGUCACCACCUGGGGGCAACAUCAUACAAAAUCCCUAUUCUCGGUUUGACAGGUUGGCAUUUUUAGCCUGGGCAGAGACAAUUUAUCACAUUCUCUUUGGCUGUCUUUACACAGGCAGCCCAUUUUUGGGGACACAACCAAAUUCACAUAGAAAUAUGAGUUAUGGAGCUGUCAUUCAUUGAAAGCAAGUCUAAGAAGUGGUAGUUCAGUUCUAUGUGCACUUUUUCUAUGCUUCCCGUUCUUAAGUUUUGUUUUUGCAUCUUUUGCUUGUGGUUUUGUACACCAGCUUCAAACAGCUGAAAAUACGAUAUGUUUGGUUAUGGAAAAUACAUUUCAAAGCGGUUUAGAUGGUAAAAUGAUUCUCUUCACAAUGAAAUUAGGCACAUUUUAGAAACCAGGAAAUGGAGCAAUUUCUGCACAUGGCACCUUUCAACACUUGUGGAAUUUCUGUGUUAAAUCAUUGUAUAUAUAUUGAUUGGUAUUUUGACCAAUCAGAUCAGCUCUGAAAAAUAUCUGAUAUGAAAAGAUAUGAUUGGUCAAAUGACCAAUUAGUGGAAAACCCCAAAAUGGGCUGCCUGGGUGCAUCUCAAAGGGCUGAAUUGUCUUCUUCACCUUGUCUCCUUUCCUUCACAUGUCCAUCGAAAACACCGGUAAGGUGAAAGCAAACUGAUGGGUUCCAUUGCCUACCCAAAUUUUGCUUUCACCAGCUCACUUCAUGUCCAUACAGAUUAAGGAAAGGAGACAAAGAGAGGAAUCCACUUCUGACUAUUGAGAUACCCUCUCAUGUUGUUGUUGUUCUAUGAUAAACCACCUCUGUCAGGAGUGCCACUGUAAGAAACCAGAAACUAUUGAUCCUCUCAUUCUCUGGUGGCCUGUAACAGGGCUGCUGUAGCUGAAUCUAGCCAACUCCUUUCUGACCCCUUGAUUUUCCCAGAAUGCCACUCUAAACUCUGCAUCCGUUACAUGUUUAUGUCUGUAGCAGUGGUUAGAACUCUUCCCCGUCGGCCUUAAUGCCUGUGGUUGUGAUGUCAUCAUCGUGAGACGAGCCUUUCCCAUUGCCUUGUUUCACCCCAUCUUUACACCAAAUGUGUCAUAGAGGAGUAAAAAUAAACUUUUGCAUAUAAACUGUGUCAAAACAGUUAAAGACAGUUAUUUUAUAUAUAUGUUUCAUUUAUUUUUGUUUUUGUAAAGUUUUUUUCUUCUUCUCUUUGGUGGUCACAGCAGCACUUUCUGUACAUUGACCAAUAAAGACUUGUUUUAGAAUCUA